CUCGAGUCACUUCUAAAAGAGAUUAAGAAUGGGUUUAGCUGACGAAUAUCUGUAUUCUCCUGAUGUCCUGUUAGAUCUAAACCUGGAUAAUUCAAGUGCAAAGUUCAACCCCAAAGUGUCGAUGUUGAAUCCUGGGGAAGGAUUAAAAGUCCGGCCAUUGGCUAAAGAGGACUAUGAGAGAGGUUUCCUGCAGCUCCUCGGAGAGUUAACCUCUGUUGGAGAUAUAUCAAGAGAGGCCUGGGAGGCCAGGUUUGAUGACCUCAAGGCCUGCAAGAAUACUUACUACAUCACUGUUAUAGAGGAUACGUUGCUAAAGAAGGUGAUUGGUGCCGCUACUCUUGUAGUUGAGAAAAAGUUUAUCCACGCCUGUGGCCGGGUUGGUAGGGUAGAGGAUGUCGUCGUCUCGAAUGAGUAUAGAGGUAAACAGUUGGGAAAACUUGCAGUUGGAAUUCUUCAACCCUUGGCAAAAAAGUUGGGAUGUUACAAGGUAACCCUGAACUGUACUGACGCUAUGAUGGCGUACUACACCGGGCUAGGAUAUGUAGCAGAGAAGGAGAACGCUAACUUCCUCUGUCUCCGGCUAUAGAUCAAACCUCUCUUUGCGCAGUGCUCAUAAUCCUACUUGAUUAAACAUGGUUCUUGUAUCUUUAUAAACCAAGCUCAAUGUGUGCCUUAUCUUGAUAUUCAUGUAAUACGAUUUGCCAUCUUUGUGAAGCUGUCAUGAUUAUAAAAUUACAAAAAGUAUUUAUUUUAA